CUGAAAACAAAGGAAUUGAAAACCACUGGUGUCAAAGCUGUCAAAGCGAAGAAGUGUAUUUUUUGUUUUUUUAUUCUCCUUUUUUUGGUCAAACUGUUCGUCAUUUGGACGUCGUAGCAUAAGACUUUCAGCGUGACGCAUUAGCAACAUUUAUGAGAAAUGAGUGGAACUGUUCGCCAAAUUUCCGUAAACUCUAAUCCAGGAUUAGAUUUCUUCCUGCGGGUGGACUGGGCUGUGGACUUGGGUGCAGGGUUCACUUUGGCCCUCACUGAUGGCAGCUCCGCCUGGAUUGGAGAGGUUUCAGAAGAUGAUCUAACAAGGGAGGCUAGCAGCAUGGGAAUUGUACGGGAGGCGUACGUCGAGGAUCUCCUUCAAGCUCUAACAAAAACAGACAUGGAACAAGGAAAAAGGAGAGGAGAGGACAAGAAGGCGUUUUCCUUUGACAUCACUCCAGAUCACCGAUAUCUCUCAUUCCAGAAGAUCAGUAAUAACAUCACGAUGCAUUUGGGCUCUGUGGAACUCCAGCCAGCUCCAGACCCCGUGGAGCUAACCCGAGGGAUGAUAGCUCAGUCCCUGCAGCGCAGCACUGAUCUGGAGGCAGAAAACUCGGUGCUCUCAGCAGAGAACCACAGACUGAGAGGAGAUCACCUGAGAAUAGUUAAGGAGCUCGAACAGCAAGUUCAGGACAAGGAGAAGCUAGAGAUGGAGCUUUACAGACGUUUUGUCAUGGUGAUGAACGAAAAGAAGGCCAAGAUUAGAAGCUUGCAAGAUGCAGUUCGCCAGCUGUCCUGCAGUGAUGAGGACGGAGGAAGAGAAGAGGAGAGACAAAGGCCCAAAGAGACGGCUCAGGAUGAAGACGAUUGUUGGAACAGAAGAGAACAGACUGUUCAAAGCCUUCAUCCAUCUCAGGAACCAACUAUUCUAAUCACAGGACGUAAUCUGGUGUCACAUGGUAUCCCUGUUCACCCGUCGUUUUCUGAUGAUCAGGAGAGAUCAGAAGAGUCUAGACAGAUGGACAGUCUGCUUGAUACCUCAAACCUGGAAUCUUCUGAAAAUAGAUAAACAAUCCAGCCCAAAGACUUUUGGAGAGAGCCACGCUCCCAUCGACGCUGCUGUGACGAUGCGUCAGUGGUCACGUGAAAAGAACCGCUUUUUGAUUCUCCAGCGCCUCCUUUGGGAAGUAAUUCUGCUACCGCGAAUCACGAGACGAACACGGUGGAGGAUCUGGACCGGGAGUUGGAGAGCAAUUUCCCAAGAGCUUCACACAAACCUAAAACCUCGUUGCCAAACCUCUUAGCGUCAGCUCUGUGUGAGACCUAAACAAGAAGAACAGCCAUUAAAGGACAACCAGAAACACCCAGAAGAGAGGGUGUCACCGACAUAAAUCCAAAGCUGCUUUGCUGCUGCUUAUUAAGCGUGUCUUUUAGUCAAUUUCUGAAAUAUCUUCUGUAAAACAUAAAAUCCUCCCCCAACACACACCUUUUUUCAUCUGUGGUUCAAACAGUCUGAACAAAGGUUUAAUAGGCUUUAUGUUGUCUGCCAUUGUUUGGCUUAGCCUUCCAGAUCACUGCAGGGUAUUUUGCGCGCGAAGGCAAACGAGCCCACCUUUUGAGGGUCUUUAUCUGACUAUUCCACCUCUGGGUUUUAGUGGCUCUAGUCGCCUUUUGUUAUUUUGAUGAUACCUUUUUUUUGGUCAGCUGAAGUCCACGGGUGGCCACUUGGAUAAUCCGCCUGCAACACGUUCGUUCUGGUAUACUAAUCUCCACAGGAAUGUCACUCUCUCCUCUCCAUCCACCCCAGCAAUUAGGUAUUUUACAAAAGCCAAUGGAGAGCUGUGUCGAAGGGUAAUUUACAAAUGACUGCAUGACAGCAUGAUGACAAAAAGAUUACAAGCCUAAUCGGAAUAUUUCAGUGCGUUCGUUAGUUCAUGUUACUCACAACUCUAAUUUGCAGUUGAAUUAUAGCAUUUUUUAUCCUCUUUUUAUUGAUCUUUAGAAACAUGUUUGACUUGUUUUUUUUUUUAGAUUUUUUUUAAAGUUCCUAUUCAGUUUCAAAACAGCUUAAAGAAUAAAUCUGCUGCAGCAUUGAUGGUAUUAUACUGUUGAGUCCUUAUUUUUAUUGCAAUAUUCAUGUAUUUAUACAUUGUUUAUCUACGGUUUCCCCUGCUUUUUGUUCACCAAUCUAUUUUUAUUGAUUAAUAAAUAAAUAAAUGUCGAAAAGACUAAUAAGUAAUUUUGCACAGCUGUCCAAUGUUUUGUAUUUUACAAAACUUUUUUUCAAAAAACUUGUUCAUCUAUUCUGAAGAAGCCAUAAACUGUAUCACAGGUUGCUAAAUAAAUAUUUAGACAACAAUAAUACGUCAACAUUUUACCAUCUAGGCAAGAAAAAAAAUAUUUUUCUAUUCAUUUUCUCUCAAUCCUUAUUCACUAUCGUUGUAUUGUACUAUCUGUCUUUUUUAUUUAGAAUGAGACUAUUAUUAUUCUACAUGUUUAGGUGGAUUUAUUGUUCCUUUAUCUUAAAGUUCAAACAUGUGAAACCACCAAGGCCCCAUUUUUGGUUGAACUGCUGCAGGGGGCCCAGCUCCGGAUCAAUCAGCUGCACAUGUGCUCCUGCAGCUGAAGGGGUUAAUGCCGUCUGGGGAAGGAGCACUGACAGCUACGCCAGCCUGAAAUUAAAUGUUCAGUCACUUAUCAUCGUCAUUCACUUACUGGGUGCACCUGUAGGAUUCUCAUCAUGCAAGGAAAUGACAGGACUCUUCCUGCCGCUCCUGCCGCCGAGCCGCAGCCACACAGAGCGGUCUUUGUCUGAUGCCAGGCGGUCCUCUGGUCCCGGCGCUCAGCGCCUCGCACUGCAAUGUCUGAAACAACUUGGCCUCGUACCAGCACCGUUUGAAAGCUGAAGAUGACAUCUUGUACUUUUGCUAAACUCUGUUAUCAGAGAAUUGUAGAGCCGUUUUACUGUAAUUCGACAUUGACUUAAUGUAGAUAAAAAAAAAAAAAAAAA